GAGGGGGAGAGUCUGAGAGAGAGAGAGUGUGUGUGUGUUGUGUUUUGGUAGUGCUAGUGUUAAUGUAAACACAGGGAAGUGUUGUGAAAAUAAGCAGAACACUCCGCUUUUAGCAGAUAACUUUACAAGAGAAAAAUGACUGAGGAAGUCCAGAGACACUCUGUACAUACUCUAGUGUUCAGAUCACUAAAGAGGAGUCAUGAUAUGUUCCUCUCGAAUCAGGGGAUAUUAGCACCUAUUGAUGAAAAAGCAGAAAAGGUAAAGAAACUGGUGAAGUCGAGAGAUUGUUAUGGGCUGGUUUUUGAUCGCGUGAAAAGGGCCAACGCCAUGAAGCAGAUGCAAAACAUCGAGAACAGGGAACCCAAUAGUCAACAGCCUCUUGCAAUAAUGGGGGCGGAUGCACCGGCCGUGCCAUCGCCUGCAAUGUCGGAGGCGGCGCUGGUGCCAGCUGCACCACCGGUUGCGCAGCAGCAGAGUGCCACCUCAGCCGGUGCUACAGUCCAGACUCUGAUCCCACGGCGUGCACCUGCCAUGCCCAAACCUAAGUGGCACCCACCGUGGAAGCUGUACCGCGUCAUCUCUGGUCACCUGGGCUGGGUGCGCUGCGCUGCCGUAGAGCCCGGAAAUGAGUGGUUUGCGACGGGGUCAGCUGACAGGGUGAUAAAGAUCUGGGACCUGGCAUCUGGGCAGUUGAAAGUGUCCCUUACGGGCCACAUCAGCAGCGUGCGUGGGCUGGCCGUGUCGGCGCGCCACCCAUACCUCUUCAGCUGCGGUGAGGACCGCCAGGUCAAGUGCUGGGAUCUUGAGUACAAUAAGGUAAUCCGGCACUACCACGGCCACCUGAGUGCUGUCUACACAUUGGCACUGCACCCUAACAUCGACGUGCUGGCGACAGCGGGCCGAGAUGCGACGUGCCGCAUCUGGGACAUGCGCACCAAGGCGAACGUGCACACCCUUACUGGCCAUACCAACACAGUUGCCUCUGUCAUCUGCCAGUCCGCCGAGCCACAGAUUGUGACCGGCAGCCACGAUUGCACUAUAAGGCUGUGGGACUUGGCCGCUGGCAAGUCGAGGGCCACAUUGACCAACCACAAGAAGAGUGUCCGUGCGCUCGUCUUCCACCCGACAGUGUACAUGUUUGCAUCUGCUUCACCUGACAACAUCAAGCAGUGGAAGUGCCCAGACGGCAAGUUCGUGCAGAACCUGCCGGGCCACAACGCAAUUAUCAACUGCCUGGCGGUGAACCCGGAGGGGGUGCUGGUGUCGGGUGCGGACAAUGGCACGCUGCACUGUUGGGACUGGCGCACCGGCUACAACUUCCAACGCCUGCAGGCUCCCGUGCAGCCAGGUUCUAUGGACAGUGAGUCCGGCAUUUUCUCCAUGACUUUCGACAUGAGCGGUAGCCGACUCAUUACUACUGAGGCAGACAAGACGAUAAAGAUUUACAAGGAGGACGACACGGCUACCGAAGAAACACACCCGAUCCACUGGCGCCCAGAAAUACUCAAGAGGAGGAAAUACUAAGUGUCGUGAAAGUUGCAGUGCACGUGUAUGUAAAUGAUUGGUCGUGGCUGUCCGACCUAAAAAUAAAUGCGAUUUCAGUAUAGAAACAGUUCAUCUCUCACAGAUCCCUCCAACUGUCAUAGCAAAUUUAGAAAAAAGCAGAAUCGUUGCAGUUCAUUAUCUUUUACUGUGAGAGAAUUUGUGUGUGUAUGGUGACUGAUCCAUUUUUUGGAAAAGAAUAUAGGCAUUUUAAUUAAAGAAAUUGGUUAUGUAAGCAUUCUGUAGCCAUCAUUAAUUCAUUUUCAGUUUUGAGAUGAAUGCUGUUGCUUAACCGACAAUCAACUCUGAGGUGGUAGUGAAAUAGAAGAAUCAAUAAAAACUGAAACAUUUUGUCUUGUUAGAAAAAUAUAUUUCUAUAUUAAAAUGUUAAAAUUAUUUUGUUUCAAAACUUAAAGUAGCAAAUAUGCAGGAAUUAUAUUCAGUUUGUCUGCUGAAAGCAGAAUAAGGAUUUUUCCGAAAUCACAUUUGCUAAGCAUAAGGCAACUUGUGUAACAUAAUGUAAGUUCAGUCCUUUAAUUAGAAUUUACCUGUCAUACAUUUAUAGUAAUAUAGCUUUCUAGCAAAAUGCAAUUAAAUUUUUAAUUAUA